AUGCCAAAUUUCUUGUCUUAUCAAUGGGCCGGCAGCACAUCACGAAUAAAAAAUGAGUUAAAAAAGCGAAUAGAAACGCUGGAGAAAGAGCUAGGCGAGCUUAAGGCGGCGUCUAUUGUGUCAAAUUUACAAUGGAAUGGCACUGCUCCAGAUGAGAUAGAGCAAUGUUGCGAGGUGCUUGCUUCGAUUGAGACACAAACCAGUAGGUUAUGCAAACAAGUUGAGAAGAUUGAUCAAGCGCAGAGGGACGAACGCAGACGCUCGCUUUCCAAGGAUAGUAGUGCAACAAUAAUUGCUGAACUAGCCAAUCUUCUGAAUGAACUGAAAAAUAUCCACACAAUAAUGGACAAUAUCAAACCGGGUUGUUCAUCAUUGGCAAGAAGAUCUCCGUUGAAAGAAAGUGCACUCCCAUUUGCAAACGAAUGUGCAAAGUGCGCUGAAAAUGAGAAGGUUAUCGAAGAACAACAGAACGAAGUCGUCUUCUACAAGAAAAAGAACAAGGAUUUAACCAAUCAGAUCCUCCAAACUGAAGACAGAUGGACGAUUGAAAUAGAAAAACAAAGGCAAAUCUUUGAGAACGAAAUCAAAAGUCUUAGUGUGCGAUUAGCUGACUCUAAACGGCAGUUGGAGGAACAAAGCCAAAUUCUGCAAUCGAAGAGUCUAAACUUAAUAGAAAAAACCAGAUCAAUGGAGGAACAGGAAGAGCGAUGUAACCGAUUGCAACACGAAUUAGAAGAGCAGAAGAAAGAGAAACAAGAAUUAGAGCAGAAUCGAAGGUCUGUUCGCGAAUUCGAGAUCAAGUACAAAAAACUUGAGAGUAUAUUUGAACAAGAAAGGGAAAAAAUGAACGGUGAACGAAGUCGUGCGAAAAUUGAAGUCACUACUUUGAAGAAGAUCGCUGAAGACGCCGAAGAAUUACUAAGGACAACUGCACAAGAACUGAAGGUAAAGGAAUCAACCUGGAAGACAGACAGAGCCAACUUAGAGCGAGAGAUAGCAUCAUUGAAAAAACAAAUGCUAGCAUCCAGAAAUGGAGAAAGAAGUGAACAUGAAGACAAAGUUUCAUUCAUCAAAGCAUCUCUACAUGAUUCCGAGACAGACGAUCCACCAAGUUUGGCUCGACAUGAAAGCGACAAUAUCACAGUUAUCGAUCUGAAAAAAAAACUAGCUGUGUACGAGAAAAAGUGCACCGAUUGCGAAAGCAAAUUGGAGGAGAUGAAAAUUGCAAAUACUGACUUGCUAGAUCAACUGAAUAAAGCAAGGCAGGGAUGGCAGAAGGACAAGGAGGCUCAUCAGCAUAAGUUACGUCAAACAGAAAAGAUACGAAUAGUUGAAAUGGACGCCCUACAACAGAAAUUUUCCAGUCGAAUGCGAAUAAUGGAGGACACAAACAAGUCUCUACACUCUCAGCUGGUUUUGGCUCGACGAGAACGAGAUACUCAUAAGGAAACAAUAGCAAGUUUUGAACGCAAGUUGUUAGAAGACCGUAAGGAGCACGACACACGAGAUACCGAAAUGCAAAGAGCUCAGGAGAAGAUCAAAGACAUGCAAAAAUCUCUGUCUGAUGUGCAAGCUGAGCUAGAACGAGCUAAUACGGAUUUGCGCUUGACCAAGGAAGCACGAAAGGCUGAUCAGAUCCUUUGGAAAAUUGAUAGAGCACGUGGUCGAAGCGAAAAGCUUUCGGAUGAAGACGUACAAGCCAUGGAGCAACUCCAAACCAAGUUUCGUGAUUGCGAGAAGUUUUAUGUUAGGGAAACGGAACGAUUGACUGAGAAACUGAAAGUGAUGAGCCAGGAGUUCAAGAAACAAAGGAACGCCCAUGAAAGGAUUGUUACUGAGUUGCGAGAACAUGUGCGAGUUCUGGAAAUAGAGCAACGCAAUCUGAGUCUCAAAAAAGACAGCCAAACAGCAGCCAGUGAAAUAUUGGAAGCGGGCGCAGCAAAACUGCAACAGGCCGUUCAUUUAAAUGAGCUGCAGAGGUUGACGAGAAAGUACAGGCUGAGCAGCAUCAUUGACCAGCUGCAGUUCGUAACCGAUCCAAUUCGACGAAGCACCAGAUCGGAUGUUGAUAGUAAUCCCGAUGGAAUAAAAUAUAUCAUUAACCAGUUGAUCACUAUCCGAGAUGAAGAUGCCCAAGCCCUCGUGCCUAACGACGAUCGCAGCGCUUCGAUACAAACAUUCGCAGACAAGAACGGUUAUACACCGUCGUUAAGCGAAUAUGACGGUACAUACGAUAAUGUCAGUCAAUCCUCACUAAGCAUUAGAUCUGUAGCCAGUAUGCCCGUCAGAAGCACAGUUAGCAGUGACACUCGCAUUGGCAUCGAAAGGUAUGGGCGCCACAUAUCCAGAAGACCAUAUCCGGAUCAUACACUAGAAGAACGCGACGAUGAUUCCAAUAAAGGAGUUGAUACCGAUGAGCGAAGCGUACCUGUUCCGCAUACAGUGCCUCGAACAUCGUCCUUCGAACAAAACAAUGAAAACGGAACUUACCCUCACAGAGCCGGAACGACAAAUAUACUUUGCCGCGUAAGACGCGAGGAACUUGCACGCGGUGGUCAACCCUCUGUAAGACUUAUGGCACGAGCAUUUGAAGCCAUCGAUAACUGUCGUCCUCCCGAGAAACAGUUCUUUUUUGGCAUGAGAAAAUCACGUUCAGUUGAAACCACACACAGCAGGCAACCAGUCAAGGUGGACACUCCAAGUACACUUAAACAUAGCAUCAGCAAUGUUGAUGUGGAAGAAGCAUCACCGUAUGCUACGCUUCCACGAGGAGGCCGUAAUCCUUUCAAGAAUAUGGGGUCGAAGCUAGUUGAAAGAGUGAGGAGAAGCUUGUCACGAUCGAGUCGACAGAGCAAUGAACAUACUGAAACAACAGAUACAAAAGCGGACAAGAAUCCAGCCAAAGCGGAUAAGAGUUCCGCCACUCUCAAGAAGACGAAAAAACGAUCAGCGGAAGCAAAAGCCCGGAAAACAAGCGGAGGAUGA